AUGCCGACUUUAUCUCUGAUCAACUUCAACAUCGUUUGUGCGACGCUUGGCGGGUUCAUCUCCGUCUUUGGUUUGGUCUCGUACCUGUUCAAGGAGAGAUUCUACCUAUCCGAAGCAUUAAUAUCCCUACUUGCCGGGGUAUUAUUCUCUCCGCACGCUGCCAACUUCAUCCGACCCCUCGACUAUGCGCUCGACACAGAGCAAAACCUAGACCAGAUCACGCUCUGUUUUACGAGACUCGUCCUGGGGGUCCAGCUAGUCCUUGCCGGCGUCCAGCUGCCAAAGCGGUACCUGCAAAUCGAAUGGCGGAGUCUCUCGCUACUCCUUGGACCCGGCAUGGUCGCCAUGUGGAUAUGCAGCGCCUUAAUAAUCUGGGCCCUCGUGCCUAAUUUCCCGUUCCUGCAUGCCCUUGCUGUUGGCGCCUGUGUUACGCCAACAGACCCUGUGCUGUCCAACUCGAUUGUCAAGGGCAAGUUCGCUGAUAAGAACGUUCCCCAGCCGCUGCAGCGGAUUAUCAUUGCCGAGUCCGGUGCCAAUGAUGGGCUGGGCUAUCCGUUUCUUUUCUUUGCGAUCUACCUGAUCCAGUAUACGGGUAUGGGUGGGGAGGGGUUUAGCGGGGGUGCUGGGAAAGCCAUGGGCGUGUGGUUUUAUGAGACGUGGGCUUAUACGAUCCUGCUGAGUGUUGGGUACGGAGUUACUGUUGGUUGGAUUUCUAGGGAAAUGCUCCACUGGGCGGAGGAGAAGCGUUAUGUUGACCGGGAGAGUUUUCUCGUCUUCGCCAUUGCGCUCGCGCUCUUCAUUGUAGGAACUUGCGGACUUAUCGGAACAGACGAUCUGCUCGCUUGCUUCGUUGCAGGCAAUGUCUUUACCCAAGACGACUGGUUCCGGCUCGAAACAAUGGACGACUCCCUUCAGCCUACAAUCGACAUGCUCCUCAACCUGGCUGUCUUCAUGUGGUUCGGCGCCGUCUGCCCCUGGACGCUUUUCUUGAACAACAAUGUAAUCCCACUCUACCGCCUCGUCUUUCUAGGAAUCUUAAUCCUCCUCGUCCGCCGCAUGCCAAUCAUCUUCGCCAUGCACAAGUACAUCGACCAAAUCGAGAAUCUCUUCCAGACUUCUUUCGUCGGUUUCUUCGGCCCUAUUGGCGUCGGUGCGAUCUUCUACCUCUCUGUUAGCCGCGAGUAUCUCCACAAAAUCACCGUCGAUGGCAAAGUCCGCGAAGACGCACAGCAGGUCUCUGAUGCGAUUGAAGUUAUUGUUUGGUUCCUUGUUAUUUGUAGCGUUGUGGUACACGGCCUCUCCAUCCCCUUCGCAAAAGCAGGCUACCACCUCCCGCGCACCAUCUCCGCCGCAAUAAGCACCAGCACAACAGCCGAACUAGAGCCGGUCCCGCUGGCAUCUAAUCUGCCCACGCAUAGCACGGCGACGCCGCACGGAAGUGCGGAAUCCACUAGCCGGCGGACGAGGAGACAUGAUGCUAAACCUGAACCUGCAACUGCAGCGACAACCCCAGGUUCUGGCUCUGACCCUGGCACUGGUCCUGGCUCUGUGUCUAAAGGCGGACGGUUUCAGAGACACACGCAUCCGUAUUCGCGUACACCUGAGCCUGUAGCUUUCCAGAUUGGUCGGAGCGUUGCGAGGCCGAUGUCUCCGUCUUCUGAGGCACGGCUUGGAUUGGGUGAUGAAGAGGAGCCUUCGAGGCCGGUGAAUUUGGUUUUGAGGACGGGGACUGCGGAUGGGGAGGAUUUUGGCGGGGCGAGAUCCGCUUAG